GCGGUCCAUUUUCGAAAAACCGGAAGUACGGGCGGUGAACUUGUGGAAGAGGAAUUCCUGUCUGAGCGUGAGGGGGGCGUGACUUCGGUUGCUAAGGAGCGGCUUGGUGUAGUCAAGGCUCGUCUUGUUUAUAUGGUUUGAAAGAAGGCGGCCACGCGAGAGAGUGGAUAAGGAAGAGCGGCGGUUGAAGCAUGAGCCAGGAUGAAAGAUUUGCUUUCGUUGCAGAAUGGUAUGAUUCAAAUGCUUCACUUUUCCGACGUUAUGAAUUGCUAUAUUAUCCAAAAGAUGGGUCAGUGGAGAUGUAUGACAUGAAAAACCGCUGUAGAUUUCUCAAUCGCACCAAGUAUGAAGAUCUGCACUUUAAAGAUCUGUUUGUGGGAAACAGAAUUACAAUAUUCUCCCGCCACCUUAAUUUGGUUGACUAUGCUGAUCAGUACACUGCCCGUAUGUUGGGGAGUUCUAAAGAAAGAACCUUGGCAUUAUUAAAACCUGAUGCAGCACUCAAACUUGGGGAUAUCCUUGAUUUGAUUAUUAAUUCUGGUUUUACUAUUAGUAAGGCCAAAAUGAUGCAGCUUUCAAGGGCAGAGGCAACCGAUUUCCAUGCAGACCAUCUAUCUAAACCUUAUUACAAUGAACUUCUUGAAUUUAUUACAAGUGGCCCUGUGGUUGCCUUGGAGAUCUUGGGAGAUGAUGCGAUAUCCAGAUGGAAAAAUUUAUUAGGCCCUGCAAACUCUGUGGUGGCCCGAAGUGAUUCUCCAGACAGCAUUAGGGCACUUUUUGGAACUGAUGGCAUAAGAAAUGUAGCUCAUGGCCCUGAUUCCUUUGCUUCUGCUGCUAGAGAGCUGGAGUUGUUUUUUCCUUCCAGUGGAGGCCGUGGACCUGCAAAUACAGCAAAAUAUACACACUGUACCUGUUGCAUUAUUAAGCCUCAUGCAGUUAAAGAAGGUCUAACUGGAAAGAUAAUCAAAUCAAUAAUUGAUAAAGGAUUUGAAAUCUCAGCCUUGCAGAUGUUCUACAUGGAUCGUGCAAAUGCAGAUGAAUUCUAUGCCAUUUACAAAGGUGUUGUUGCUGAAUAUCCUGAAAUGGUUGUAGAACUUUGUUCAGGACCCUGUAUAGCUCUAGAGAUUAGACAGAUUGAUCCUGAAAAAAUAUUCAGAGACUUCUGUGGGCCUUCUGAUCCUGAAAUAGCCCGAUAUCUUCGUCCUGGUACACUUCGUGCUAUCUAUGGCAAGAACAAGAUCCAGAAUGCUGUUCAUUGUACAGAUCUUCCAGAAGAUGGUCUUUUGGAGGUCCAAUAUUUUUUUAACAUCUUGGACAAGUAACCAACGAAUUGAAUACUGCAAGACAGGGCAUAAGCUGCUUUCAAAAGAGAAGCCACAGGAUGGGAGAUGUGUGUUUAUUCAUUUAUUGUCCAAUGUUUUUAACCUGACUGAAAUACAAGAUCAACAAGAGCACUGUACUCCUGGCUAUUACAUAUGUUAGAACAUAGAGUUUGCACUUUAGACAACAUUUAACACCAGUUGAUGGGUAACUGCAUUGCUUCUCAUAAAGUUCAAAAUAAAGAUUUAUUUUCAAA